AGGAGCGGUGGGCGGGCGCGCCUGCUGGCUGCCUUGCUCAGAGAGAGCCGCGCCGCGCCGCGCCGCUGGGAGUGCGGGGCAGCGAGAAAGAGGAAGCGAAAGCGGCCGCCGGGCGAGAGACAGGGACCAGCUCUGCCGCGACCCGGAGCCAGCAGAUGAGCCUCGGUGUACUUGGAAUCUUCUGCUGAGUAACAGCUUCUUUUGCUGAAGAUGUCUAAUAAUGGUGUUGAAGCCGAAGACAAGCCUCCAGCCCCUCCAAUGAGAAAUACCAGCACUAUGAUUGGAUCUGGAAGCAAAGAUACUGGGACUUUAAACCAUGGCUCAAAACCUUUGCCCCCCAACCCUGAAGAAAAGAAAAAGAGAGACCGAUUUUACCGAUCUAUAUUGCCAGGAGAUAAAACCAAUAAAAAGAAGGAGAAAGAACGCCCAGAAAUUUCCCUCCCUUCAGAUUUUGAACACACAAUUCAUGUUGGAUUUGAUGCUGUCACAGGAGAAUUCACGGGUAUGCCAGAACAGUGGGCUCGGUUAUUGCAGACCUCCAACAUCACCAAAUCGGAGCAGAAGAAAAACCCCCAGGCCGUGCUCGACGUGCUAGAAUUCUACAAUUCCAAAAAGACCUCCAACAGUCAGAAGUACAUGAGUUUCACAGAUAAAUCUGCAGAGGAGUACGGUUCAUCAAAUACAUUGAAUGUGAAGGCUGUAUCCGAGACCCCUGCAGUACCGCCGGUUUCAGAAGAUGAAGAUGACGAGGAUGAUGCUGCUCCACCCCCAGUGAUAGCUCCACGACCUGAACACACAAAAUCAGUAUACACCCGUUCUGUGAUAGAGCCCCUUCCACCACCUCCUACCAGAGAUGUGGCCACCUCGCCUAUCUCUUCACCCUCUGAAAACAACACAACAUCCCCUGACACAAUGACCAGGAAUACAGAGAAACAGAAGAAAAAGCCGAAGAUGUCAGAUGAAGAAAUCUUGGAAAAAUUAAGAAGUAUCGUGAGCGUGGGUGACCCCAAAAAGAAAUACACACGGUUUGAGAAGAUCGGACAAGGCGCUUCAGGCACAGUAUAUACUGCAAUGGAUGUAGCUACAGGUCAGGAGGUUGCAAUCAAACAGAUGAAUUUGCAACAACAGCCCAAGAAAGAACUUAUAAUUAAUGAAAUCCUUGUAAUGAGGGAAAACAAAAACCCCAACAUUGUCAACUACUUGGACAGUUACCUCGUAGGAGAUGAACUGUGGGUAGUUAUGGAGUAUUUGGCAGGCGGCUCCCUGACGGAUGUUGUAACAGAGACCUGCAUGGAUGAAGGACAAAUAGCAGCUGUGUGUCGAGAGUGUCUUCAGGCUCUGGAAUUCCUGCAUUCAAGCCAAGUUAUUCACAGAGACAUCAAGAGCGACAACAUUCUACUAGGAAUGGACGGCUCCGUCAAACUAACUGACUUUGGUUUCUGUGCCCAGAUAACACCAGAGCAGAGCAAACGCAGCACCAUGGUGGGGACACCUUACUGGAUGGCUCCUGAAGUGGUGACGCGGAAAGCUUAUGGGCCGAAAGUGGACAUCUGGUCUCUGGGAAUCAUGGCUAUUGAAAUGAUUGAGGGAGAGCCCCCUUACCUCAAUGAGAACCCCCUGAGAGCCCUGUAUCUCAUUGCCACCAAUGGUACUCCAGAGCUGCAGAACCCUGAGAAGCUUUCGCCCAUAUUUCGAGACUUCCUGAACCGCUGUCUCGAGAUGGAUGUAGAGAAAAGAGGCUCUGCCAAGGAACUGCUACAGCACCAGUUCCUGAAAAUUGCGAAGCCCCUUUCUAGUCUCACUCCUCUGAUUAUUGCCGCAAAAGAGGCAGCGAAGAACAACCACUAACGCGGAAUCAUCAUAGUCAUCGUGCCAAGUCUUUUCAAUGUUCAUUUCAGACCCUGAAAUGAACUUCCUGCUCCUUGGGGGUGCCCAAAACUUUCAUCCGCUGAGAGUGGGCCACAGAAGUAGUAUUUGUUGAAUGUUAAAGGAGGCAUUGCUGAUCUAAAGCCGUGAACAGCCUUCUCACCCUCUUUGUGGGAGAAGACUAUUUUGUAUGGUUGACAAGGUCUUUGUGAGAAUCUCUGAGCCUGAUGUAGCAAAGCCAGUUUGAUUUCAUAUCUCUUACUGUGUUUAUUUUUUAACAUAAGUGUGGAGCCUUAGGCCAUGUUUAUCUUAAUAAAUUAAAUCUCUCGCUGGCUGCAUUUUCCCUGCCUCUGCCCAGCUCAGUUGUUACACUACUGAAACUCCUGCAUGCUUCGGAUUACUUGAAUAAUGGAGCAGCCAGCAGAAAUCUGAACAGCUUUAAUAACUGAAAAGGGGGCUGCAAGAGUAUGUAGCACCCGAACACUUCCUCAGUGCUGCCGGACGCCUUGACAGAGAGAGCUGAAAUAUUCCGAAUGAACUUUCUGCAACCAUCGGAGGAUUUAAUUCAUGGAUCACCUUUGUGCUAUGUCUUGUGACUCAGCCUCUGAUUAAAAGAUCCUCUUUCUGUUUUCAUCUCAGAUUUGUAGGCUUCCGUUUUCAAUUCUGCUAAUUAUUAGAUCACUUCCAAAAAAUAAUAUUUCUGGUGCGUUAGAAGGUGAAUCGCAGAAGAAGGUGGCAGGCCUAUUUUUAAAACUAUUUCAUUUGUAAAGCACAGCUUGUGUUAAAGAAAUCACUGCUCUGUAUCAUAAAACACUGAUACAGUGGUCACCAUUACAAUAUCACCAUUUGCCCACAGUUUGCCACAGUGGUAUUUGAGAAAGUAUAAUUUCCUAUGCCAAGUUCAGAUGCUGUUGGGUAUGGUGUGUGUGUGUGUGUGUGUGUAAGCUAAAUAAUCUGUUUUCUUUAUCCUGUGAUUUAUCUGGAGAACCAAGAGGGUUGUUAAUUCCUCUGGUUGCCACAGUUUUUAAAGCAUCAGGAAACUUGGAACUGCAUCUGAGUGGAGAAAUCUGUGUCCUAAACACUGGACUAUAACCAGCUGUAUGUUGAUUUUAAUAAAAACUGCUGCAUUUCUGACCUCAGGGUGGGGGAGAGAGGAUUUAGAGGAUUAACUUCAGUCAUAAACACACUCCUCUCAAAUUGGACUACUGUUCAUGCUAUUCUUUGUUUGCCACUGGGUGUCCAGAGGUGAUGGCUAAAGUGGUAGGUGCAAACUAGAUUAUUUUACACUCGGAGUUCCCUAGACCUGCGUAUAUCCAAUUAUGAACAUGAUAUGGAGUCUAAGCAGCUGUAAUUUCCAUACUGAGGAACCAGAAGAUCGUGUAAAAAGGCAUGCGUUAAAGUCAGGUGGGAGCUGCUGUCUCACUCUCUGCUGUUGUUUUCCUUGCCAUGGCCUCCUCUUCUGGCCCCUUAUGGUAUAAAUUAAACCAAUGUAUGAGGGCUUAAAUGAUGGAGGAACCUCCAGGCCUACAGCAAAUGGUAAUAGUGCAUAGUAGUUCAGUCCAACUCCUAGGUGAAACCUGUAAUUGACCCUUUCUGCUUGAAUACCAAUGGAUUUUUCUUCGUCUUCCUCACUCUGGUCUCUGCGUCUUCCCUUUUUGCAUAACAAGUUACUGUGUUUAGCCAUAAUAUCUGCCAGAUGUACAGUAUUUGGGAGAUGGAGGACCAAGAGGGUUGUUAAUUCCUCUGGUUGACACAGUUUUUAAAGUAUCAGGAAACUUGGAACUGCAUCUGAGUGGAGAAAUCUGUGCCCUAAACACUGGACUAUAAUUUUCCAAGUGAACUUUAAUUUCAAAUGCCUCAUCUUUUUAACAAUUGGUUUGUAUAGUUCAAUCACCAUCAGGUACAUACACAUCUCCUGGUGCAGAGCACUUCUGCUUUUCAAUAUCUUAUGUACAUUCACUGUCAUAUGAAAAUGCAAGCAGUUCCUUUGCUGGUAUGAAUGUAUCUACACUAGAGGCUUUUGCCAGCACAAAUCACACCUUACACGUCCUUGUCUGACAUAGUUCUGCCUGCAAAAGUCUGUAGUUAAGAUCUCGCCUAAAAUAACCUGGAUUAAGAUGCUUUCAGGGCCUCACAGCUCGACACAAGUUAAAACAGGUUCAACUAAAAGGAUGAUCCGAGUCACUAUUUUCCCCAGCCCACCAGCUGAAUGUUCACAGCAUGUUCACAGCUCGCAAUAAGAUCGUAAUUUUAAACUCCAGUCAUUAAAAAUCCCAUUUGUUCACCUUUCUGUGAUUAAGGAUUUCCCUGGACAUCUGUUUCUGAGUAGCCUUGGAUUUCUGGGUGAACACCUAGGACUCUGAGAACACCUCAGAGUUACAAAAUUUUGUCCUAGGUGUUCACCCAGAAAUCCAAGGCUAGUCAGAAACAAGAACACCCCAGCCCUAGGGGAAGUCUGAUCAGAUAGACACUCCCUGGGGAAUUUGGACAGAAGUGGAAGGGAAGUAGCAUUGCCUUGAGUAAUUGUUGGAUAAACGAGGGGUUUAUUUAUAUUUUCCCAGGCACUGUCUGAUUGGCCCAUGUAAUGGGAAAUGGACUACAGGCCACAUCCUCAGCUGGUGGAUAUCCGUGUAGCUCCACUGAUUUCAAUGGAAAUACAUUGCUUCAUGCCAGCUGCCCGACAUCUCUAAGACAAAGUCCUUGUAAAUAACAGGGAUUAGAACCUGAUCCGUAAAGGCACUGUGGGUCCUUGCCUCACAGUGGGAGCCCGGAGGGUUGAGGAGUUAUUUAGCACCUCACAUGAUUAGACUCUAUCCAUGUUGGCUGCUACCAUAAUUGAGCAUGGGUGCUGGUAGCAGGAUUGCAGCACAACUUCCCCUGACCAAGGAUUACUUCUUAUAAAUAACCAUGUUAAAUCAUGCUUCAGGCUAUCCAUCGCCCAGGGGGGACUACAGUCAGAAGGAACCAUCUAUUCUUUGGCUUCUGUCCCUCAGCUAAUUUCUAAUCCAUGGUGGUGCUUUGCCUAUGAUUCCAUCAUCACUACUUAGUUUUCUUAAUAGCUUUCUGUGAGAGAUUUU